GGAAGAGCUUGACAGGGUAAGAUUGUCGUUUCAUAGAGUGUUCCUCACUAAUAUUACCUUAACCCCGGAUCUACUCCAAUACUUUACGCUUGGAAUAACCCCGCAUUAAAUUAUCUCGGGGAAAUUCCAAGGCCCCGAGAGACUUUGGCAUCACCGCCCAUGGUAUAUAAAAGAGCUAUGAUGUCCCCCCAAGAGUUAUUUUGAAGGCAGUCCUCUAAUUUCUUUUCCCACCUGCAUCAUUAGGAGUCUGACCUCAAUAUCCGCAGUCAAGAUGUUUUCUGCGAAGCAGAUUUGGCCACUGCUGCUUAUUGCCAGCCUCCUCGAUACCUCUCAGGGUGCUGUCUUAGAACGCAAAUCAAAUGCGGCUGGACACUUGACUUCCUCCAAUCGGACUGCAACUACAUCUAAGUUGAACACAUGGUGGCACCCUACCGGAGAGAUCAACACCCAGACCCCAGUGGAGGUUGGCAAUGUCAGACAAUCGCAUCUGUACUCCGUUCAGGUGGCAACAUCUAAGGCUUCUAAUGACUACUAUGACUCCUUUGUCUACGAGACAAUCCCACGGAACGGCAAUGGCAAGAUCUGCCUUCCUGGAGACCUCGAGUCAUUGUGUGAUGAAUGGGAUCAGAUUACGCUCGAGGUCGAUGUUGGGAUCACGAUGGGUUGGACUCAGUUCUUGUACGGGUCGGAUGUGGUAGUCAAGGUAUCUAGGAACAAUGGCAAGAAGAUCUCUGCUAAGGACGUUAUCAUUCGGCCCUCGAAUCUUAACUACCGUAUCAAGGCAGCGGGUGGCGACGCUCUUAUCACUGUGCCCUACAACCCCAACGGAGUUCGUUUCUCAGUUGAACUUAAGGAUGAUCUCUUUGAGUAUCGCAUCGGCCGUGAGGGGGAAGGCUCCCAAUACGUCCAAAACGAGAAGCCAGAUGGUUAUGGAUACGUCCCGAGUUACGACGACAGCAUGCCGAUUGUUGGAGUUGAACCACGGAAUGCUCUUUUGAUCUUUGCCAGCCCAUUCCCCUCCAAGGAUCUGAUUCCAAACGACGAGGCCAACACCCUGCGAGUCAAACCUGGCCUCGUGACCGGCUUAGACCAGACUGAUAAGUCCAUCGUCUACUUUGCCCCAGGGGUAUACUACUUCACCGCCAAAGCCCGCGCAGUUCUUGCUGCGUCCGUUACUUGGGUUUACAUUGCUCCUGGCGCUUACGUCAAGGGGGCCAUUGAGUACAACAGUCCAGAACCAGAGCUAAAGGCGACUGGAUUUGGUGUGCUCUCAGGUGAACAGUACGUUUAUCAAGCUAACACAGCCGAGGGCUACAAAAACAUAAAGAGCGACGCUACUUCGCUGAAGUUAUGGCGAGGAAACAACGUCCAACCAGGUGCGAGAUGGACUAUCAAUGGCCUGACCACAAACUCACCUCCAUUCAAUUCGAUGGACUUCUACGCCUCCGAUGCAUCGAAAAUGGAAGAGUUCAGUAUCCACGCGUCGGAUUACAAGCAAGUUGGUGCGUUCUUCGGUCAGACGGACGGAAUCCAAAUGUAUCCAAACAGCCAUGUUCACGACGUCUUCUACCACGCUGGAGACGAUGUUAUCAAGACCUACUAUUCCAACGUCCUUGCUGAGAGAAUCGUGGCCUGGAAAACCAACACUGCUCCUAUCAUUCAAUUCGGAUGGUACCAGCGUAACUUGACGAACAUCACAGUCGACCAUGUCGACCUCAUUCACUCGCGAUAUAUUUCUCAGCAAACCAAGUAUCCAUACGCGCUUGUAGGCUCUUCCGCAAGCUACUUGGAUGAUUCAUCCACCUCGACCGCCGACACCAGCUCGCACAUCACUAACUACACAGUAUCCAACUGGCGAGCGGAAGGACACUCCCCGGCACUUUUUGGCGUCAACCCGUUGUCUAAUAUCGAUAACUUCAAAAUAGAAAAUGUAUGGAUUGAGUCCCUUGAGCCCAGAUCGACAAAUGUUGGCAGGAGCAGGCUUAGCGCCUUUACUGAUGCCAGCGACGACAACAAACCAGUUUUGCUUGGUGAGAACUCGCCCAACAAGAUCGGUCUGUUGAUUAAGAACUUCUAUGUUGGUGAUGAGCAUAUUACCAUCAAGGCAGGCAAUUGGGACUUAAACUCGCUUGGGAACUUGAAUUUCGACCCGUCGUACUGGGGGAGGUGGACUGCGGAGUGAUGAUGUUGUUAAGGAAAGUUGGUAUUAUUAUGGCCUUGGAGGAGGAUCUCUCCGCCAAGUCGGUAGCCUGUAAUAUCA